AUGCCGAAGGAAAUCAGUGACAUCAAGAAGUUCCUGGAGAUCUCUAAAAGAAAGGACGCCUCCCAGGCGCGCAUCAAACGAACUGCGUCCAAGACCCCUGGUGGCAAACUCCAGACAAAGUUCAAGCUGAGAUGCUCGCGAUACCUGUACACUCUUUCCUUGGACGAUCCAGAGAAGGCUGAGAAGCUUCAGCAAAGUCUACCUCCAGGUCUCAACGUCGUAGAGGUUGGUGGCACUCCCAAGAAAAAGUAA